GUUAGGAAGAAGAGGCUUGAGCUGCAGCUGGUGCGCUCAGUGAGCACAGCAGCAGCAGCAGCUCGGAGGGACGACCUGUGGAGAUGUAAAUGUCUUUAGUGUCUACAUUGACCAGCCAUGUCAGCGUGGUCCCAGGAGAAGCUACAUGGCUCACUAGCCAGCCGCCGUCCCCCGGCUUACUGGAUCCAACAAAAAGGAAGCGCCGUGACUCCUCUUAUCCGCUGAUCCUCGUCAGGAGGAUGGCCAAAGGGUAAUGUCCAAGAAGUCCCUUCACCAACACCCACAGUGACCCCACUUCCCCCUUUUUUAAUUCUCCUCGGCACUUGUGAAACCUCCCAUCGCCUGACUGACUUUGUGUCCCAUCUCAGACAAUGUCCCAAUCCUCCUCCUGACAGCCUCUCAACCAAAACAUAGGAUGACUCUCCAAAAAAAUCAAAUGUGAUCAGAUCUAACCUUGUGGGAUUGCCUGUUGGAGUUUGACUUUGUUCCCUACCUGCAGCCUCCACAAGCACUUCUUGGGUCAUUGGGCCAUGGUUCGCAAGAAGGGUUCUCUUAUACUAUGCGGUGCUUUCCUCUUUGUGGCCUGGAAUGCUUUGCUUCUACUUUAUCUUUGGGGUCGUCCUCCUAUCGGCCGCCUCGGAGAAGGUGUUGGAGCAGAACCAGGAGGAAAGGACGAGUGGGCCUUGGGAAGAGGGAAAGGAGGCCGAGUCAACCUGGCCGCAGAGGUAAUCAGGCUGGCAGAGGAGGUUGAAAUUCAGCUCGAGACCCAGAAAGAGCUACUGAAGCAGAUUGAAAGUCACCGGGCAUCGUGGGCUCGGCAGAACGACGUCGGGAAAAGAGAAACCGAGGAUGCAAAAGAAGUCCAACAAGAGGUUGUCCACCAGCCCUCAACCCCUCCACUCCCUCUCAAAGAAAACCCCCCACCAGAGCCUGUUCAUACAGUGUCUUCACACACUGCGGUACACAUGCAUCAGGUCAUCAGCAUAAAGGAAGACGUUGCUCAGAGCAACGAGUUGCCGACUUCUGUUGCCAAUCCGGAAGUUGUCAUUCCCGUUUUAGUCAUUGCUUGUGACAGAGUGACGGUAAAACGGAGCCUCGACAGACUAAUCCAGUACCGGCCCUCCCCAGCACUCUAUCCAAUCAUCGUCAGCCAAGACUGCGGCCACGCAGAGACGGCUCGAGUGAUUGGCUCGUAUGGGGAUCAAGUGACACACAUUAAACAACCGGACCUGUCUGACAUCAGAGUUCGACCAGAGCACAGGAAGUUCCAGGGCUACUACAAAAUUGCCCGACAUUACCACUGGGCGCUCAACCAGGUGUUCAACACCUUCUCCCAUUCCACUGUGGUCAUAGUGGAGGAUGACCUGGAGGUGGCUCCGGACUUCUUUGAGUACUUCCGAGCCCUGUACCCGAUAUUGCGAGCGGACCCCACCCUGUGGUGCGUUUCUGCGUGGAACGAUAACGGCAGAGACGCCUUGGUGGACCCAUCCAGAGCCGAGCUCCUCUACAGAACAGACUUCUUCCCCGGUCUGGGCUGGAUGCUGCUGAAGGAGAUGUGGAAUGAACUAGAGCCCAAGUGGCCCUCGGCCUUCUGGGACGACUGGAUGCGUCAACCAGAGCAACGCAAGGACCGCUCCUGCAUCCGACCCGAAAUCUCCCGGACGAUGACCUUUGGCCGGAAAGGCGUCAGUUUAGGUCAAUUCUUUGACCAGUACCUUCGCUAUAUUAAGCUCAACACUAAAUUUGUGCCUUUUACCAAACAAGAUUUGUCUUAUUUGUUGAAAGAGAAGUAUGAUGAAAACUUUAUAAAGGAAAUUUAUGGCACCCAUCUGGUGAGGAUUGAGGAUCUGCAACAAGGGGGCGGUUUAAAAGGCCCUGCCCCGUACAGGGUGCAGUACUCGACCCGGGACAGCUUUAAAGUCUUUGCUCGAAAUCUAGGGGUGAUGGAUGACUUGAAAUCUGGAGUUCCUCGUACAGGUUACAGGGGCGUGGUGAAUUUCCUGUACCGGGGGCAACGGGUGUUCUUGGCUCCACCCGAGGGCUGGACGAAGUAUGACGUCAGCUGGAGCUGAGAGAAGGUUUCAGACUCUGUGAAGGGUGUUGAAGAGGGGGGGGACACACACCUCUCAGACCAAAGAAUAGCAGCAGACACACGAAGGAACUAAAGCGGCACCGAUGGGCGAGGACAGCAAGUGUGGAGCCAGACCUGCUUGUUACGAAAUGCUUAUUCAGCAACACAUGCGUCACAAAGAGAACACACACUCUGCUUCACAACAGCUAGUGGCAAUGGGUACUGGCCAAGGGUUACCUCACAUUCAUUAGCCAAUUGGAAAAGCUAGUAGGAAACCUCUGUGUUUCAGUGUCUGAGGCCAAACGCGAGAACUGGUUCAUCUUUUCACUGUCAGCAAGUCGGUUAAAGUUGAAAUUGAUUCAGCUCUUUAGAUGAUCUUACUUUUCACCUGGCUAAUUACAGGCAGUUUGAGCAACAUGAGAAGCUUGCCUUAACGUUUCAUAGGGAAUACAAAAGCUCACCGUAUAAACUCGGCUGCUGGUUAAUAUUAAACACAUUAUUUCACUGCGUUUGAACUGAAAGGAAAAUAGCAAAUGUACAGAAAGCAGGAAGUGCAGCUGGAGCGAGGCAUGUUCUUUGAUCCAACAAACUUCUGUCAGACAUGGUCUGUUGAGGUGGUCAGGAUGGACAGGAGACCUUCUAGGAUUCCUGUCCACCAAUAAGCAGGGAAGACAUGACCUGCUGUGUGUUGCCUGUAAAAGAAGAGUGCGUUCUUUCCAGAAGACAUCCUUCCAUCAGCUGACUUGGCUUUACUUUGUCUAAACACUAUGUGCGCACAUACAAGGUCUCAGUCAGCCCAAACAUCACUAGGUUUUCUUUUGGAAGCUUAGGAAAUAAUGGGAGGGAGUUGUAGGUGCCAGAAAGUAAAAACACCAAAUACCUGAUGUAUAUAGGUGCUGCUGAACACGGCCUGGGAAGCAGUGGGAGGACGAAGCACAACGCCAGUUAAAGCAGAGAGAUGAUCUCAUGCCUCUAACUCCGUUGGGUGGACUUGAUUGAAAUACACUGGUGUGCGCUUUGUUAGUAGCAUACUGAGGCCUUCACAAUGGAAGGCCUCAUGUUUCUUACUCCUUUCUUUUGUAUUUAAUGUUUCUGAGGUUAAACCUUAUCAGUGUGACGGACGGAGAUAAUGUGUUUCUAGAAGGAAAUAGUAAAUAUCAAGGAUUGAACUUUUGGUAAUGCUCUUUUGAGUUUGUUUAAUUGUCUUGAACUUGAAGUUCAAACAAGUUUGCAGUCUACAGUGCUGGCUGCUUGUGAUCCCGAAGCCAUGAUACAAGUAACACAACAUGUCAUGUCAUCUUGGGUUUGUUUGAAGAACCACUGAUUGUUCCAACCGUCUGGUUUCCACAACAAGAAGGCUGUGCAGUUGCUGGAGUGAUUUUUACUGUACUGUACUUUGCUUUGGGAGAUUAUCCACAGCUCAAUUCUCAUUUCUAUGGUGAUGUGUAAAGCCACUGCCUGGUGUUUAUAACUUCAAUACUAUAUAAAUAAAAUCAACUAUUUUAAUUGUGUGUGUGUAUCAUGAGAACUGGUUGGAAUACUUCAUCGGUUGGUUACUGCAUCAGGAAGUAUGUCCUAC